AUGAAAGCAAGCCGACACCUCCUCCGCUCCCCGCGACCGAGCGUCCUCUUUCGCCGACCAUGUCCUUCACCGACGCAGCGUCUGACCGUUCCUGCUUCUUCUUCUCUCCUCUCCUUCUCCCGCCCACGUGCCCCUUUCUCCACCACCCUCACCACACCCAAGGGCCUGCAGCCAGACAGCAGCGACCCAAAAUCUCCCAACACUGAACCCUCGCCUGGCACCCCAUCUGGCGCGGCCCAGAUCUCGGAUUCCGAGUAUCACGAGAUCGCGGACCAAUAUCUGAACACCCUGGUGCUGGCUAUGGAAGAGCUUGCGGAGAGCAGCUCAGAGGGCAUAGAGGCGGAAUUCUCGGCCGGCGUACUCACAAUCACCCACCCGAAGCACGGCACAUACGUGAUCAACAAACAGCCGCCGAACAAACAGAUCUGGCUGUCCUCGCCGAUAUCCGGCCCCAAGCGCUACGACUGGGUCGUCCCCGGCGACUCGCAGCACGAAAAGGCCGACUCGACCGUGGACCUCGGUGACGACGGACAGAGCGGGGGCAAAUGGAUUUACCUGCGGGACGGGAGCAGCCUGAGUGAUUUGAUCAAGAAGGAGCUGGGCGUCGAACUUCGGCACGGAGGCGAAGGGGCGAGUGACGUGAACGAGGGCCGCGAGGGACCUGCAAAGAGUGGAGCCAACACUGCACCAUAG